CCCAGGAGGAAUUAACUGAUGCAUCUAUUCGUGCAGCUUUCUUUUCCUUUACUUUCUCUUUUUUUUUUCUUUUACCCAUUUUCGUGAUUUUUUUUCUUACGUAUGACAGCAUGCUAACAGUAUCAAAAGAUUCCCUUUCUCAACCAAGCCAGCAUGAAGCAUAUAACCAAAUGGAAGAACCACUAAAUGAUUCCAACACCUUUACAGAAGAAGAAUUUCAAACCAUAGAGAAGAAAUUGAUACGCAAGAUUGAUUUAAGAUUGAUUCCAUGGCUCGCUCUUCUAUACUUGAUGUUGAGUUUGGAUAGAAAUAACAUUGGCAAUGCAAAGCUUGGAUCGCUAGAGAAGGACCUCAAUCUGAUAGGCGAUGAUUAUUAUACCGCUGUCACCAUUUUCUUUGCUGGAUACGUGCUUUUUCACAUCCCAUCCAACAUGGUAUUGAGAAUUUUGAGACCAUCGCGAUGGAUAUCAGGCACCAUGGUGCUGUGGGGAAUUUGUUCAAUAUGUCAAGCAGCAGUGCGAAAUGCAUCGGGACUCAUUGCCUGUCGCUUCUGGUUGGGUGUUUUUGAAACGGGGGUGGGACCGGCCACGCCACUGUUUUUGUCAUUUUGGUAUCAGCCUAACGAGCUGGCACUUCGCGUCGCCAUCUAUUUCGGGUCUUCGACAUUAGCUGGUGCAUUUGCUGGUGCGGUUGCUUAUGGCGUGUUGAAGGAUUUAAAUGGCGCGCAUGGUGUAGCAGGAUGGAGAUGGCUUUUCAUCGUAGAAGCUGCACCCACCAUCGUCUUUGGCCUUUUGAGUUUCUGGAUUCUUCCUGACACACCGGAAAUGACAGGAGGACGAUGGCUCACGCCUGCUGAGAAACAAGUGGCACUUUUGCGCAUCAAACAUAGUGGGAAUACCGACAACACGCUUUUUGACAGGCACCAAUUUCUCGCUGCGCUGCUCGAUUACAAAAAUUGGCUGGCAGUUGUGAUUUAUAUUGGUCUCAACGUUGCGUUGGCAAGUUAUGCCGUAUUUUUGCCGACCAUUAUACGCGAUAUGGGAUUCAGUUCGCUGAACGCCCAAUUGCUUUCCAUUCCGCCGUAUGUCGCUGCAUGCACGCUUGUAUUUGUGGUUGCGUGGAACUCGGAUCGCACAAGGCAGCGUGGAUACCACAUCAUGGUCGUAUCGUUCCUUGGUGUAUUGGGUUACAUCUUCUUGCUGGCGACCCUCAAUGUCGGAUUGCGAUAUACAGGAGCGAUUCUCGUAGCGUGCGGUAUCUACCCUAUCAUUCCGCUGACCUUGUCUUGGGUAUCCAACAAUCAACUCGGUCACACGAAACGCGGGGUCGCCAUCGCCAUGACGAGCAUGGUAGCUCAGUGCUUCAGCAUGCUGGGCACCCAGAUCUACAAACCGGCAGAUGCUCCACGGUACGUGAAAGGGCAUGUCAUAUGUCUCGCGUUCAUGACACUGGGCGGCAUUUCGGCCGCAACACUGCGAUUUCUGUUGAAACGGGAAAAUGACCGUCGUGAUCGCGAGCAUGGACCUCAGGGAACCAUGCUGCAUGCCCAAGAUGUGGAGAAACUGUACGAUAACCAUCCUAACUUUCGAUACACAUUGUAACUUAUAUUGUCCAUUCAAUGAGCAUGUCUUACCUACGUAACCAAUGUAAUAAUGUUUAUCCAUCCAACUUCAAUAUCAACAUAUUCAAACAGUCGAAAAUCCCUCUUUUUGUUUU